AUGGUGAAGAGAGAAGGGUGGAAGAGGGCGCAGGUAGGCAGUUCAAGAGGUCCUAGGCAGGUCGAGCAGGAGGCAAGGACAAGGAUUAGAGCAUACUGCUCAACACGCUGGAAGAAAAACGCUCGCCUGCUCGCUUUGGAAAAGCCAACUCACAGCGACAAGCCACAGAGGAUCCCUCACAAGCGCAGUCUACCAAUAUGUCGUGCAGACUUGAAGAUUGGAGGAGAUUUCGAAAAUGCUCUGUGCAAGGUGGUGGACAAAGUGAACUCCUCAUUGUUCAUCGCUGAGAUCGAGCAGGCGGCUCCACCGAAGUUGAUCAGCUGCUUCAAGGAACUGGCUUUUGUCUUCACAAAUGAGUACAUUUGCUACAGGACGAUCAAGAAACAAGCCAACCACCUGUUCAACCUACGUAAGAAGUCUGAUGAGUCCCUUCGAGACUACAUCAAAAGAUUCAAGGCAGAGAAAACCAACAUUGUGGGAUGCGAUGAUCUAAUCGUAUCAUCUGCUUUCAAGAAGAGCUUACAAGCUAAGAUUCAAGGUAGAGAAAACCAACAUUGUGGGAUGCGAUGA